AUGGAUAACUACCUCAUCAAGAACAUCAAGAAGUAUAUCCUGACUGCCAAGAAGAUCACAAGGAAGGAUGCUGUUAAAAACACAGGUGAAACAGGUAUUGAAGAAUCAAUUUUGGAAGGCCACUUGGGUGUCACAAAAGAGUUGAUGGCCUUUCAAACUCCUGAGCAAAAGUAUUACAUUGGUUGUAAAAAAGGAGGUGCUAAUCUUAUUAAAGAAUUAAUUGAUGAUUUCAUCUUCCCUGCAUCCAAAGUUUACCUGCAAUAUGUAAAAAAUGGAGAAUUGCCAGCAGAGCAGGCUGUUCCAGUCUGUGGUUCACCAGCUACUAUCAGGGCCGGUUUUGAACUGCUUGUAGCAUUAGCUGUUGGCUGUGUAAAAAAUCUCAAAGAGGUAGUAGACUGUUUGACUGAAAUGUAUUACUUAGACACAGCAAUAACUACUUAUGAAGCACUUACUGAGUGGGAGUAUCUGCCACCAGUUGGACCACGACCACCAGAAGGAUUUGUAGGACUCAAAAAUGCUGGUGCUACUUGUUACAUGAAUUCAGUGAUUCAACAACUAUUCAUGAUUCCUUCUAUCAGAAAUACUAUUCUUGUAGUUGAAGGCACAGGUACUGAUUUAGAGGAUGAUAUGUGUGGGGAAGAGGAGAAGCAAAACAGUGAGGUUAAUCUUGAACCUCGAGGUGAUGCAUUUGCAUAUCAAUUUGAAGCCAAACCAGCAUUAAAUAAAAGUGAAGAUAGGAAGGAGUAUAACAUAAGUGUUUUAAGGCACCUUCAGAUCAUCUUUGGUCACUUAGCUGCUUCUCAACUACAAUAUUAUAUACCCAGAGGAUUUUGGAAACAGUUCAGACUUUGGGGUGAACCUGUUAAUCUCCGUGAACAACACGAUGCUUUAGAGUUUUUUAAUUCUUUGGUGGACAGUUUGGAUGAAGCAUUAAAAGCUUUAGGCCAUCCUGCUAUACUAAGUGAAGUCCUAGGAGGUUCCUUUGCUGAUCAGAAGAUUUGCCAAGGCUGCCCACAUAGAUAUGAGUGUGAAGAAUCUUUUACAACUUUGAAUGUAGACAUCAGGAAUCACCAAAAUCUUCUGGAUUCUUUGGAGCAGUAUGUCAAAGGGGAUUUAUUAGAAGGUGCAAAUGCAUAUUUUUGUGAAAAAUGUGAUAAAAAGGUUGACACAGUAAAGCGCUUGCUAAUUAAAAAAUUACCUGCUGUGCUUGCUAUCCAACUGAAAAGAUUUGACUAUGAUUGGGAAAAAGAAUGUGCAAUCAAAUUCAAUGAUUAUUUUGAAUUUCCACGUGAGCUAGACAUGGAACCUUACACGGUUGCAGGUGUUGCAAAACUAGGAGAUAAUAUAAGUACAGACAGUCAGUUAACUAAAAAGAAUGAGCAGUAUGAAAAUGAGACAGUAAGAAGCACAAAAUACAGACUUGUGGGUGUGCUGGUACACAGCGGUCAAGCAAGUGGUGGACAUUAUUAUUCAUACAUCAUUCAAAGAAAUAAAGACAAGCAGAAAGAACACUGGUAUAAAUUUGAUGAUGGAGAUGUAACGGAGUGCAAAAUGGAUGAUGAUGAAGAAAUGAAAAGUCAAUGUUUUGGUGGAGAUUACAUGGGAGAAAUACCUGAUUAUAUGAUGAAACGCAUGUCAUAUAGGAGACAGAAAAGAUGGUGGAAUGCAUAUAUACUUUUUUAUGAAAGAAUGGACACAAUAAGUGAAGAUACAGAGAUGAUAAGAUAUAUAUCACGUCUGACUAUUACAAGACCCCAUCAGAUAAUGAUGUCGCCAGUUAUUGAGAAGAAUGUACGGAAACAAAAUGUGCAGUUCAUGCAUAAUCAAAUGCAGUAUAGUUUAGAAUAUUUUCAGUUUGUGAAAAAACUGCUUACAUGUAAUAGUGUUUACUUAAAUCCUGGUCCAGGACAAGAUCACCUGUUACCUGAAGCAGAAGAAAUCACUAUGAUUAGUAUUCAGCUUGCCGCUAGAUUCCUGUUUACUACUGGAUUUCACACCAAGAAGAUUGUCCGAGGACCUGCCAGUGACUGGUGUGAUGUCCUGUGCAUUCUCCUCCGUCACAGCAAGAAUGUACGUUUUUGGUUUGUGCAUAACACACUUUUCAGUGUGUCAAAUCGUUUGUCUGAAUACCUUUUGGAGUGCCCUAGUGCAGAAGUCAGGAGUACAUUUGCGAAGCUUAUAGUAUUUAUUGCACAUUUUUCCUUGCAAGAUGUUUAUUGUCUUUCAACCUUUACAUCUCCAGGACCUUGUAGUCAGGAAUGUGAUAGCUUCAGUUUGAGUGAUCAUUUACUAAGAGCAGUACUAAAUCUCCUGAGAAGGGAAGUUUCAGAAAAUGGACGUCAUUUACAGCAGUAUUUCAAUUUGUUUGUGAUGUAUGCCAAUCUAGGCCUGGCGGAAAAGACACAGCUUUUGAAGUUGAGUGUACCUGCUACUUUUAUGCUUGUUUCUUUAGAUGAAGGGCCAGGUCCUCCAAUCAAGUAUCAGUAUGCUGAAUUAGGCAAGUUAUAUUCAGUGGUGUCUCAGUUAAUCCGUUGCUGCAGUGUUUCAUCAAGAAUGCAAUCUUCAAUCAACGGUAAUCCUCCUCUUCCUAAUCCUUUUGGUGACACUAACUUAUCACAACCCAUAAUGCCAAUUCAGCAAAAUGUGGCAGACAUUUUAUUUGUGAGGACAAGGUAUGUGAAGAAAAUUAUUGAAGACUGCAGUAAUUCUGAGGAGACCAUCAAAUUACUUUGUUUUUGCUGCUGGGAGAAUCCUCAAUUCUCAUCUACUGUCCUCAGUGAACUUCUUUGGCAGGUUACAUAUUCAUAUACAUGUGAGCUUUGGCCCUAUUUGGAUCUACUUUUGCAAAUUUUACUGAUUGAAGAUUCCUGGCAGAUUCACAGAAUUCAUAAUGCACUUAAAGGAAUACCAGAUGAACGAGAUGGACUGUUUGAUACAAUCCAACGUUCUAAGAAUCACUAUCAAAAAAGAGCAUAUCAAUGUAUGAAAUGUAUGGUGGCUCUGUUUAGCAGUUGUCCUGUUGCUUGCCAAAUCUUACAGAGUAAUGUAGAUCUUAAAAGAAAGUGGACCUGGACAGUGGAAUGGCUUGGAGAUGAACUGGAAAGAAGACCAUAUGCUGGCAAUCCUCAGUAUACUUACAAUAAUUGGUCUCCUCCUAUACAAAGCAAUGAAACAUCAAAUGGUUAUUUCAUAGAAAGAUCACAAAGUGCAAGUAUGACACUUGCAAAAGCUUGUGAGCUCUGUCCAGAAGAGGAACCAGAUUUCCAAGAUGUUACAGAUAAGGAUGAAAUAUCCCCACCCAAACGUGCUUCAUUGUAUUCCCAUUCAUCUGGAUCUAUGUAUCAACAAAAUAACCAUGUGCAUGGACUGCCAUUGACAGGAUCAGCAGCACUUCACUUGAGCACUCAGAAAUCUGACCAACAAACACAAGAAUAUUGUGAAAGCAGUGAAGAAGUUAAUUCACCUCAAAUCAAAUAUCCAUCAAAUGCACACGAUUAAUUGGUUUCCUUAAGAUCCUACUCUCUUGCCUUAACAUUUUUCUAACUUUUUCUAUGCUUGAGUGGUAUUUAAAAGAGGAACUGCUCAAAAUCUACAUUGAGACUAUUCACUGUCGUAUAUUCUCUAUCAGUUUGUAAAAACACAGGGUAAAGUGUAUAGUAUUUUAUAAUAAAGGCUGAUACUAUGUUAAUGGCAAAGAUGUACAAAUUGAAUGAAUGACUAUUUUUUA